AUGGGUCAGACCUUGUCCGAGCCCGUGGUCGAUAAGACUUCCGCUGAAGGUCAAGAUGAGUGCUGUAUAUACGGUGUUUCCGCCAUGCAGGGUUGGCGAAUCAGCAUGGAGGAUGCCCAUGCUGCCGUCCUCGACCUGCAGGCCAAGUACUCGGACCAGGAUGAAAAGCCGACCGACCCCGAUAAACGACUCGCUUUCUUCGGUGUAUAUGACGGGCACGGUGGAGACAAAGUAGCAUUAUUCGCCGGAGAGAACGUCCACAAGAUUGUCGCGAAGCAGGACUCCUUUGCCAAAGGUGAUAUCGAACAGGCCCUGAAGGAUGGCUUCCUCGCUACCGACCGGGCUAUUUUGGAAGACCCGAAGUAUGAGGAGGAAGUGUCUGGCUGCACCGCAGCCGUCAGCGUUAUCUCGAAGCACAAGAUCUGGGUGGCCAAUGCUGGUGAUUCUCGCUCUGUACUGGGUGUCAAAGGCCGCGCGAAGCCUCUUUCAUUUGACCACAAGCCUCAGAACGAAGGCGAGAAGGCUCGUAUCAGCGCUGCUGGUGGUUUCGUUGACUUUGGCCGUGUCAACGGCAACCUGGCCCUGUCGCGGGCCAUUGGUGACUUCGAGUUCAAGAAGAGCCCCGAGUUGUCUCCUGAGCAGCAAAUCGUCACUGCCUAUCCCGACGUCACUGUGCACGAUCUCAGUGACGAUGACGAGUUCCUCGUAAUUGCCUGUGACGGUAUCUGGGAUUGUCAGUCCUCCCAAUCAGUGGUGGAAUUCGUCCGCCGUGGGAUUGCCGCGAAGCAGGACUUGUAUCGGAUCUGUGAGAACAUGAUGGACAACUGCCUGGCCUCCAACAGUGAAACCGGUGGUGUUGGCUGCGACAACAUGACGAUGGUUAUCAUCGGUCUCCUUAACGCUGAGUUCCGCGGCCCCGGUAUCCGGAAUCAAUUUGAGGAGAACCCGGAUGACUUUGACAUGGAAAACGACCGUGCGCGUGGCUUCAGCGUCCGCUCUGGCCGCAUCAUCCUCUUGGGGGACGGCACUGAAUUGAUUCCGGAGCAGAACGAUGACGAACUCUUUGAUCAGGCUGAGGAAGACCAGGACCUUGUCAAUCAGGUGCACCGUGAUUCACCUGAUGCGGCUCGGAAUGAACGGGAGGGAACUCCUGGGCCUCAGUCUAAGGACACUCCCCGAACGGACGCCGCUGAGAUAUCGGAGUCGCCGUCUACCACCGCGGAGGGUUCGUCCGGCAGUGCCCCUGGAACGCCGCAAAAGCCUACGAGUUCGUAG